CUCUAAUCUGGAUAUAGAUACAGUUGUUGCACCAUAACCCAUUCAGAUAACCUUAAUUUGUUCUUGGUUCUUACAUACCCCAGUUUAAUGGAGUUUCAUUUCCCUUCCCUUCCUGCAAUCCUAGCUCUGUUCAUUUUUAUCUUCAUGUUGAUGAGGAGGUUCAAAAUCCAAACCACAAACUCAAAAUUGCCACCAGGACCAAAGAAACUGCCUCUAAUAGGGAACUUGCACAAUAUGUUAGCAGGCCAUCUACCACAUCGAACUUUAGGGGAUCUGGCGAAGCAGUAUGGACCCUUGAUGCACCUACAACUUGGCGAGGUCAGCACCAUAGUUGUCUCUUCACCAAAGAUGGCCGAACAGUUUAUGAAAACACAUGACCUCAUUUUUGCUGAUAGACCACAAAUUCUUGCUACUGAGGUGCUGAGUAGUGGCUUUGGCGUGUCCUUCUCUCCUUAUGGAAGUUAUUGGAGGCAAAUGCGAAAGCUUCUCAUGUUAGAACUUCUAAGUUCUAAACGCGUACAGUCGUUCCAGUACAUAAGAGAAGAAGAGGUAACAAAUCUCAUUCAGAGAUUCUCCUUGGUACUUGGAUCAUCAACCAAUUUCAGUGAAAGAAUAUUCUCAUGUAUCACUGACAUAACUUCCAGGGCAGCAUUUGGUAAGAAAUGCAAGGAUAAGGAAUCAUUUGUUUCAUGUAUGCAUGAAAUAGUUAAGCUAGCAGGCGGCUUUGACAUAUGCGAUAUGUUCCCGUCCAUCAAAUUUCUCCGUCUUGUCAGUAGUACGAAACAUAAAUUGGAGAAGUCGGAUCAAGAGAUUAGUAACAUCAUUAAUAACAUCAUUAUGGAUCAUAGAGAGAACCGGACUCGUGAGACUAAAAUGGCUCAAGAACUGGAGGAAGACCUUGUGGAUGCACUUAUAAGAGCUCAAGAGAAUCAUGAAUUUGAACCUGCUAUCAAAACCGAAAAUAUGAAAUCAAUUAUCAUGGACGUUUUUGCUGCAGGAACGGAUACCACAGCAACUGUACUAGAAUGGGCAAUGUCUGAAUUGAUGAAACAUCCAAGAGUUAUGGAGAAGGUACAAUCUGAGGUAAGACAUGUCUUCAAUGGAAAGAAACAGAUUGACGAAGUCGAGCUUCAUAAAUUAGACUACUUAAAUUCAGUGAUUAAAGAAACUCUAAGGUUGCACCCUGCUGGUCCUUUGUUACUUCCACGAGAAUGUCGAGAGAAAUGUGAAAUCAAUGGAUAUGAGAUACCAAAGAAAGCCAAGGUGAUAGUAAAUGCAUGGGCAAUUGCAAGAGAUUCAGAAUACUGGAGUGACGCCGAGAAGUUUGAACCGGAGAGGUUUAGUAGUGGGUGUGUUGAUUAUAGAGGAACUAACUUUGAGUAUAUACCAUUUGGUGCUGGUAGAAGGAUGUGUCCAGGAAUAUCAUUUGGUAUAGCUAAUAUUGAAUUACCACUAGCUCAAUUGUUAUACCACUUUGACUGGAAGCUCCCGGACGGGAUCACACCAGAAGAUCUUGACAUGUCUGAGACAUUUGGCUCGACUGUAAGACGGCGCAACGAUUUGUACUUAAUUCCUAUACCUUGCAACAGUGUACAUGUACUAUGAGUUCACUUGAAUAAAUGGUGAAAAAUUUGCAG